AUGGUAAAUAGGAAUCAAGAUGACGAUGAAGUUAUACGUCAAGUUCGACGUGAUGAUAUGGCAGCGGAUAACAAUUUAGCAACCAUGGUCGAAAGGGUUAUGGCACGAAAUGGGGUAAAUGCUGGCCUCCAUGGGUCAAACUAUACAUCACCAUUAUCUGAGUAUAUUCUGCAGUCAGAGUUACCCCCUAGAUGGAAAUUUUCUAGGGACACUAGUGAAUCCACAAUCGAAUAUGUGGCAAGGUAUCUAAUUGAGGCAGGGGACAUUUCAAAUAAUGAGAAUCUGAAAGUAAAAUACUUCCCAAGUUCCCUCAUUAAGAAUGCCUUUACAUGGUUCACAAUGCUCCCAGCAAGUUCGAUUCAUGAUUGUACUCAUCUAGAAAAACUGUUCCAUGAACAAUUUUACACAGGACAGUCGAAGAUUAGUCUGAAGGAGUUGGCUAGCGUUAAGCGUAAAUUUACUGAGCCAAUAGACGAAUAUUUUAAUAGGUUCCGUUUUCUAAAGGCAAUGUGUUUUAUGCAAGUUCCUGAACACGAGUUAGUCAAAAUGGUUGCUGAUGGUUUAUAUUAUUCCAUCAGAAAGAAAUUGAACAUCCAAUACUUGAGAGAUAUGUCCCAAUUGACUGAUAGGGUUCGACAGGUAGAGCGCUAG